AAUGACAGAGAUAACAGAAUCCACUAUUAAAUCACAAAGCUCUUCCACAAACUGUGACAAGACUGGAAUAACUGGGUGUACGUUUGUGGCUUUCUCGUUUAAUAAGUUUCUUUCUACCAAUGGCCAUGCUUUUCACUCUGGUUGUUCUUCUACAAGCUGCGACUACAGCACAGACCAUCGCUCUAGAUCCCUGCUCAGCGUAUAUCAGUCUGAAUGAACCAUGGCGGAACACUGACUACCACGUCAACAACUCUGCGGGAGUCCCUCUGUGCGACCGACAUGUGGCGGGAGAGUGGUAUCGCUUUACGGGGAUGGCUGGGGAUGCUAUGCCAACCUUCUGUAUCGAGGAGAACCACUGUGGUACCCAUGCUCCCAUCUGGCUGAACGGAAGCCACCCUCAGCCUAGCGAUGGCAUUGUCACCCUCCCAGCGUGUGCUAGCUUCAAUAAUAACUGCUGUCACUGGACAGCUAAUGUGGAUGUUAAGGCCUGUGCUAAGGGUUACUAUGUGUACCGCCUGCCCCGACCCUCCGUCUGCUUCCACGUCUACUGUGGCUAUUUCUAUGACAUAUGCGAUGAGGUGGAGUGUAACGGAGCUGACUGUCCUGUCGAGCCAGAAUGCCGCUGUUCUGAGGGAACGGUUCUAGGCCCGGAUGCACAGACAUGUCUGGAUGUGAACGAAUGUGAGAAAGGUAAUGGAGGUUGUGAAGAAAUAUGCAUCAACACCAAGGGCUCUCGUCGAUGUGAGUGUGGACCAGGUAAAGUACUGGAUGAGGACGGGAAGAGCUGUAAAGAGACUGUUGGCUGUGACAGUGUGAAUGGAGGCUGCAGCCAUGGAUGCUCCUCAGAGGCCGACUCUUAUUACUGUCAUUGUCCCCGGGGUCUGACAUUGGGAGAUGACAAACGGACCUGUCAAGUCCCUGUGCAUUGUGAUCCUAGCUCCAUAGAGGUCUCGAUUCCCAAAGACCUGGUGGGAGGACUUGAACUCUUCCUGUCUAACACUUCGUGCCGGGGCAUUUCCAAUGGCACCCACAUUAACCUCCAUUUUAGUCUGAAGACAUGUGGCACUGUGGUCCAGGUGAUUGAUGACAAAAUUGUUAGCACCAACUUGGUAACAGGUUUGCCACGGUCUAGUCCCAGCAGCAAUGGGGACUUGAUUGUGCGCACCAGUAAACUACUGCUGCCAAUUACGUGUGAGUUUCCACGGCAGUACGAGGUGUCGGAUGGCUACCUGCCCAGUCUGCGCAACACAGCACUCGAGUUAGCGGGCCACAGCGAAGGAAUAUUCCCCUUCAGUUUGGAGCUCUUCAAAAAUGCUGAAUUUUCAGAGUCAUACAACCAACCUCCACAACUGCGUUUGCGUGAUUCACUGUACUUUGGCGUCGAGCCUCGAGAGCGGGUGGAUGGCCUUGCUGCUUUUGUAGAAAGCUGUUUUGCCACCCCUGGUCCCAAAGCUGACCAGGCCUUAAAAUAUUACCUAAUCAGAGAUGGCUGCAUUUCAGACGGUACGGUGCGUCAGUUUUCGGCUAAGGAUCAGCUCUCCAAACACUACCAGGUCCCUGUCUUCAAGUUCAUUGGCAAGGACAAUAGAGAGGUGUUUCUGCAUUGCCGUGUGCUGGUGUGUGGGCAGGAACAAGGGGAAUCUCGCUGUACACAGGGCUGCCAAAAGCGCUUGAGGAGACAUCUCUGGACUGACCAGCACCAAGAGCAACAUGUACUUUCCAGCGGACCCAUUCGUAUACUGCCAGAUCCAUGAUACCACACACAUCUAAAAAAAAAAAUCUCUUACCCACAAUGCCAUCUACAGGCUACUUUACUGUAUUUAAACACAUCCAUACUGCAUACAGUAUCUGCAGAAAUCUUACAUUUAUGCAUCAGUUGCUUCCUUCCACUAUAUCUGACAUUAUUUUUACUACACACUGUAAAUCCUCGCUAGAAAAUAUUCUUUCCAUGUACAUGCAUGUACUGUAGGUUAUGUAUUGUGUGUGCUAUUAACAGUAUAAGCCUAGGCAUUUCACUAAAGCUUAGAACAAGAAACUGAGUGGCAUUUUACAGUUUUGAAUGCUAAUUGGCAUAUAAGUUCAGCACUGUUUUACUGGGGAAAAUAAAAUGAUUAUACAGCCAAUAAUAUGAUUUUUGUCACAGUCUGUAGUCAUAUUGUCUCUCUCAGUGCAAUACACAUUCAUGUGUGUUACUGUUUAACACCCAUUCUGCAUUUAAUUACAUUUAAAACAAAAACCAAAUAAAACUACUUGGCUGAGGUGAACAUUUGAGUUUUCAGAACAUGAUAUUCAGACAAUCAAACAUUAUUUGCACAAAUAUCACUACCCUGUGGAGGUUCAACAAUCAUAAUAUUUUGAUUAUUUCUAAACAAAACAACUUAAGUUUGGAACAAAGUUCCUAAUAAUAAAUUAACUAGUAGCUCUAUACUAACACACUGUCAGAUACUGUAGGAAUUUUUUUUCUUUUCUUUUUUUUAAUGUAAGCAAAUUAAUAUUGUUUAUCAAAGUGGACAUAUGAAGUGGUCACAAACUAUUUUGGAUAUUGUCUUCCCAUACAACAAACCUACAUACAACCACACACUGCAAAUUUGUGGGAUAGACACUUUCACACAUACAACAUAAACUUUUUUAGUUUCUGCUUAACUAAAACUAAUCCACUAGCACCAGUUCGAGGGUUAGUGGGUGAAUCUCACAAAACUUGUCAAGAAAAUGUAAAGGUAAUAUUUCCUCCCCAAAAUAUGGAUGAAAAUAUACACUUUCAAAAAAUUUCAAUUUUAGGACCAAUACAUUUGCUUGUUUGAUUUUUUUUUUUUUUUUGCUUGCUUUAUGACAUUUUUAGGAAGAUUAGCCUAAUUUCUGCAAAGUUUUCAUUUCAAUUAUGAAAAAAAAAAAAAAAAACCUCUUUUGCUGCAAUGCAAAUAAAAUAAAUAUCACAUUACAUUGCAGUAGUAUGUCUGU